GGAACGGGCCCAGCUCCUGAAGAGUUCCAUCCCGCCUCGGCCUGGCCUGGCGGGGCUGUACAGCCAGCCCGCUCCAGCCGGUGCCCGAGGACUUGCCCGCCCGGCCUCCGUCGCGCGGCCCGGGAUGGGGCCCCGCUCCGGGCUGCGCCACCGCCUGGUCCCGAGGACCAUCUCCGUUGUGAGGGUCUGAAGUGCAGCCACCGUGGGAGGGUGGACGGCCAGGCGCGGGGGCUGAGCUACCGGGUGACCUUGGCAGGGCCGAUCUGGCUCGGUCGACGCGACGCGCAGAUGAUUUCAAGUCAGCAAACAUUUACUGAGCACUUACUAUGUACAAGAUGAACGUCUGCAACAAGCCCUCCAACAAGACAGCCCCUGAGAAGAGUGUAUGGACGGCGCCUGCACAGGCCAGCAGACCCUCCCUGGAGCUGCAGGGCCAGCGGUCCCGCCGGAAUGGGUGGAGCUGGCCCCCUCACCCGCUCCAGAUUGUGGCUUGGCUGCUGUACCUCUUCUUCGCUGUGAUUGGCUUUGGGGUCCUUGUCCCCCUCCUGCCUCACCACUGGGUGCCCGCUGGCUAUGCUUGCAUGGGCGCCAUCUUUGCCGGCCACCUUGUGGUUCACCUGACUGCUGUCUCCAUCGAUCCAGCAGAUGCCAAUGUGAGGGACAAGAGCUAUGCAGGCCCCCUGCCCAUUUUCAACCGCAGCCAACAUGCACACGUCAUUGAAGACCUGCAUUGCAACUUGUGCGACGUAGAUGUGAGCGCUCGCUCCAAGCACUGCAGCGCCUGCAACAAGUGCGUGUGCGGUUUCGACCACCACUGCAAGUGGCUCAACAACUGCGUGGGCGAGAGGAACUACAGGCUCUUUCUACACAGUGUGGCAUCUGCUUUACUGGGUGUCCUGCUCCUCGUGCUGGUGGCCACUUAUGUCUUUGUGGAGUUCUUUGUCAACCCCAUGCGGCUGCGCACCAAUCGCCACUUUGAAGUCUGCCUGUGCCUUGCAGUCCUGAAGAAUCACACAGAUGUGUGGUUCGUGUUCCUGCCCGCUGCCCCUGUGGAGACCCAGGCUCCUGCCAUCCUAGCCCUGGCUGCCCUACUCAUCCUUCUGGGCCUGCUUUCCACAGCCCUGCUUGGCCACCUGCUCUGCUUCCACAUUUAUCUCAUGUGGCACAAGCUCACCACCUAUGAGUACAUCGUGCAGCAUCGCCUGCCACAGGAGGCAAAGGGGGCCCACAGGGAGCUCGAGUCAUGUCCCCCCAAGAUGCGGCCCAUUCAGGAGAUGGAGUUCUACAUGCGGACCUUCAGCCAUGUGCGCCCAGAACCCCCUGGCCAGGCCAGGCCUGCCACAGUGAAUGCCAAUCUUUCUCAGUUCCUUGCCACCCGAGGCCAAAUGGAGCCCCCCCAACCCUCCUCCCCAGAGACUCUGCCUCCCCGGAUCCGACCCCAGAAAAAGAGGAAGCGGCGUGUGUAUAAGGUGCCAACCUCUGGCACCUCGGAUCGGGAAUCGCCGCUGCCCAGGCUGUCGGGGCCCAGGGGCCCAGGUCGCAGCUCCAGCUCAUCAUCAGAUUCCGUGGGCGCCAGCCCAGUGCAUGCCACUGGGCCUGCAGGCGCCUACCACUCGGCGUCAGCAGAGUCCAUGGACGAGAUUCCAGUGGCGCAGACACGCCUGGGCAGCGCUGCUCUGGCCGCCCCUGGAGGCAGGGGCCGAGAGCCGGGGCUGGCGCUGCAGGUGCGUGCGCCCGCUGUUUUCGUGAGCCCAAGCAGCGGCGAGCCCGGGGCGCGGGGCGGUCCAGAGACCGGCCUACCUUAGCAGGGCGGAGAGGCAGGAGGGCCAAGGAGGACCGGCCAUCCCGACUCUCUAUGCAACACCCCCACCCUUGCCGCACCGAGUGCACUUUAGGGGCCCCUAUGGCCAGCGGGAUGGGUCCCCUUCUCCCAUGACUCAGCAAUACCCCCUCCCCCCCAACCGGCCAUGAUGCUCCAAUAAACUUUUUUUUUUUUUU